AUGAAAUCAGAUAUCAACAAACAUUGCCAACAGAACGAUAUCAACAGUAUACAGUGUACUUCUACACCAGUGGCUAUAAAUAGUAACAAUUCAAAUCGGCCUAUAGAUCUAGAUGUACAAGAAGUAAAUUUUGAUUUGGAAGAUCUACCAUCAAAAUCUCCUGGUACUCCAAUGUUUUUGGCAGCUCAGCAAUUUGAAGAUCUAAAUUGUUCUGAAGAUGAUCGAUCCACCAUGAGUCGAAGUUCGAGUGCAAGUAUUGAGGAUUUAAGUGCAAUAGGUCAGAGACGGGACCGACAGAAUUCUUUAAGUCAAAGUCGAAGCAGUUUUUCAAUCUACUCAAGUGACAGUAAUUCAGAUUUAAAUUUAGCUGCUGCUCCAUCCAGACGUGACUCAAUGAUCCAGUCUGAAAAUGUUCAACGUGCAUUGGAUAAUCUGGGCUUACAGAGAAUUUAUAUUAAAGAUACAAUUGAACAGUCAGAAGAACUCUGUCAAAAUCUUUUAAUUGUUUUAUUGACUUUGAUGUGGAAAGGGGUAGAUAACUCUGAUCCUAAUGCUUGGAAGGAGAGAGGUCAAGUUUUUGCAUCACUAGAUAUUAUAAACUGUAGUCAUGUGUUAGUUCGACCUAAAGAUGAAUUAAAACGUCGUCUGUUGGAGAUGAUGCUUCAUUCCUGUGCUUCUGAUAUCAAUGAUUCAGCCCAAGCUAUGGCCUCCCACACUAUGAAUGCUCUACAACUAAUACAGAUUGUUCAUCAUUUCCUAACAGACGCCGAGGAGGACCCCAGUGACCUGAGAUACAGUGAACGGGUUAGUAUAGAAUAG